GCUUCCCUACCAUUAUCACUACCAAUAUAAUUAUUACUUACGACUACCGUUAACCGUAUAAUAUAAGUGUCUGUGAAAAAAUCAAUCUAUUAUUAUCGUGUAAAAAUUACAAGUGUAUGUGAAGAAAAUUUCAACCAGACUGACGUUAAUUUCCUAUAGUGUUUUUUAAAGGGAACUGCGUUGAAACUACUUGACUGCUGAUUUGAAAGGCGAUAAUGGUUUAUGGGGCAUUGUGAUUGUGUGUUCGGAUUCGGAAUAAAGACUCCAUAAUGCCGUUCCAGUGGGAGGAGAUCGCGUACCAGGCGGAGUGCGACCGCCACGAGAGCCCUGAGUUCGACGAGGAGGCCUGGAACCUGUGCGCCGAGGACCCGGACAGCAGAGCGCGCAAGAUACAGGAGCUGCGGGACAUGAUAUACGAGCGCGGGGAAUGCCAGCCGCCGCAGAUGGACGACGCUUUUCUGUUGCGGUUUUUGCGCGCCAGGCGCUCGGUGCCCGCGCGUGCGCACCGCCUGAUGGUCCGCUACUGCAACUUCAGAGAACAGAACCCUCACCUCUGGCGCGGGGUCGACUGGUUCGGCAUGCGACGGCUUGGCAACGUCUUCGAGGGCGUGCUGUAUGACCGGCCUGAUGUCGGCAGACUCAUAUUGUGCCGACUUGGUCUCUGGGACCCAGACACAACUCCAGUCGAAGAUCUCGUCCGUGGCACCCUUCUUCUUCUCGAAGUUGGGAUCAUGCAGCCAAAGCUCCAAGUCUUAGGUGGAGUGGCCAUGGUGGACUGUGCGGGAAUUACCAUGAAACAUAUGAGGCAUUUGACACCGACGAUCGCGUUACAAGCUAUGAACGUUUUAGGAUACGCAUUCCCGCUUCACCAACGCGGUGUCCACGUAGUCAACUGCUCCCGUGUCUUUGAGACUCUGUUCUACUUCUUCAGAAGACUGGCACCAGCUGACGAGCUCUGGAAGAAAGUCUACUUCCACAACGACUUAGCUUCUCUUCAUAGGUACAUCGAUCCAGAGUGUCUGCCAAUACGAUACGGAGGGAAGCGAAAAGAAGCCUCCCUUUAUACAUGGCUGACGAAGAUCAAGCAUUAUAGAAACAAGAACUUCGAUGACGACAUCUGCAAGUUGGGGUACACAGCCGAUUAUGAAGAAUAAAGAAAUACCUAUUUACAACAAACGAAAGUAAUAAGUAGCUUAAAUCUAAAAUAGGCCCUUGAGCCAUUGUGCCAAGGAUGCUGGCGGCAUUUCCUCGCUGUAUCGCAAUGCUGAUAUGUUGUGCGAGGAAGCGGCCAGCUCUUCGGUCACUAGUUACGUCAAGUCAACCAGACGCUUCGCGAUUUCUGCAAACAACUUGUGCGCGCUGGGACCCCAUAAUACCCCAUGGACCUAGUUACAACUACAAAUGGUACAAAAUGGUUUACAACAUAAUUGUUGAGAAUACCUACAUGAAAUGUAGUAGCUACAUAAAAAAACCUGUCACAAAAGGAUCCCAACCUUCAUGUGACAAGUUGACAAAGGUUCAGAAAUAAAAAACAGCGUGAAUAAGGUCAUGCGUUACAGAAAUAAGAGCUUCGAUGAAGACUGCAAGUUAGGAUUACACCUGCGAAGGACGAAAUUUAAAGAAAUCCUUUAGUGAAAACCUAUAACUACUUCAUAAUCAUUUGGAGUAUGUACAUGAAAUGUAGCAGAUAUAGGUAUAGAUUACAUUAUAAAACCGGGAUCCUAAUGUGACAAUUUGACAAAGAUGGCGGAAGAGCAUGUGACUGAAACUAAAUUAAAUUUAUUGAAACCUUAGGAAUCUUAGGACUCAUGUGACAACGACUAAAUUUAAAGGUGAGGGUAUUUAUUAUAUUUAGCUACAACGAAAUUUAAAUAAAUGUUGAUGACUUAAUUUAAAGAAUCACUUUGACCAAGCUGAAGAACAAAUAAGAGCUUUGAUGAGGACAUGGGAUAGGUAUUUCUUUAUAAUAGGUACUUAACAUGAUACAAAUUAAUGUAUAAGUAUAUUAAUAAUAUUGUAAAAAUAGUGCAGGCGUCUGCCGCGUCUGUGAUAAUAUCUUCCGUCCAUUUUACAUCUGUUUCGUACACUGUAUAAAUAAUUUCAGUUAAAGCCUGACCAGUAAAUAUAUGAUCAUUGUUAAGAGGGCGCUGUUAUUUUCAUGUAUAGGAUGACAGUUCAGUAUAGUAUGAAAAAAAAUAGUUCCAGUGAAAUUACGCAACAUGGCGCGUGAUCAUAUAUUCCUGGUCCGGCUUCAUCUUAGACCGACAAGAAAUUGUAGUAAAUUAUUAAGGGGGCCACUUUCUACAUAACUGUCACCUUUUUAACGUAAACAUGGCAUCAAUUUAGCGGUUUUUUUUAGUUCCAUUUUAUUAAAUUUCUACUAUUUUAUGUCGCACUAUUAUAGUAAGUACAAUAAAGCAAAUUUUAUUAAGAAACACUUGAUGAACAAGUCGUUAUGCACUAUUAAAUUUUCAUAUUUUUGCCCUGUCUGUUUCAUAUAUCUCAAUGCCGUAAAUAUAAAUUUAAUAGUUAGGGAAGACUGUGAAUAGGCUGUUACUGAACCGGUUAGCUCCAUCUUAGGCCCUGUCUUCACUUUCCAUCAGGUGUAACUAGGGCCAAUCGCCGAUCAGUUUAUAAAUAUCUCGCAAACUAUAGAUGCUAGAAUUAUGACUCCCAAGUAAAACAUACUUCAUUUUCCAUUUUUACCAACUUCAUCAUACAUGGUUUAGGCAUCAGAUGAGCAGUUGAGGUAUUAUAGCGGUAAGAACUAAAAUAUUGCUAAAAGUUAGCUUCUCGAUAUUUUUUCAAGGCCAUAUCUUUAUUAGUUUUGGCAUUUUUCCGAUAUACCUACCUAUGUCUGAAGAAUUCUGGUAGUGCUUUUUAUCAUAUAUUUGGAUCAACGUUUUUAAGUAAAGUCCAUGUUUUAUAACCCAAAAGUGCAAAGAAGUGUGAACAUCUGAAAAAUACAAGGGAGAGGUAUGUUGAAACUCAUCCUUUUCUUUUGGUUGCUAUAUAUAAUAAUUGGUAGAUGAAAUUCAAUUCUUCUUAUAGAAUAGAAUAGAAUAGAAUAGAAAUAAUUUAUUCGUUAGCACACACAAAUAGAAAGUCACGUCAGGGUUCAACUCUUGAAACCACAUAAACUUUUGAAUAACCUGCCGGACUUGCUGGUUGACAUCACCUUGUAACUUUAUCAAAUUAGUUUUGCAAAAAUUUUCCAUUAUGACGUAGGUUCACAGUCAGAGUUCGUAUAACGAGUUAUGCAUUUUAAUAUAGAAACUUUUAUAUUAAAGUAUAAUUUGUUAUCAAUAAUGCCUAAUGCCCUACAUAGACUACAUAGUACUAUAAAUUAUACGUACUAUAAUUAUUUUACGCAUUUCUCAUUAUUAGGUACUACUAAUCACGUAUUUAGCUAAUUAUUUAAUAAAUAUUUUUAUUUAUUGUAUUUCCAGUCAUUAAAUAAUUAACCAUCUAAAACCAAUUAAGUAAUGAUAUAAGAUUUCAUUUAAAAAUAUAACAAUUAUAUCGACGUUUACAUCAUAAGUUAUCGACAUGUUACCACCCCUACGGUUACUGACGUUUAUGACCCUGCUCGCUACUUAAUUCUGCGGAUACUAUAGUCUGCUAGUACUACUAGUGUAAGAAAGAUAGUAUGAUUCUCUCUGUCUGUGUUUGAAAUGACACAGUCCUUUGAUAACAUUUAAAGCGUGUCACUCCUCUAAAUUGAAAUAUCGAUUAGUGGAAGGACGUUAUUUUAUUUUUUUAAUUGGUUUAACUAUAUAAGUUUUGAUAAGAGUUAAGUCAUACGUGGGUAUAUGUCCAUAUGACCAAUAAUUUUUAAGUUAUGAUUUUAUAAAUGUACUGAUACUUUUUUUACUUUUUUACUAAAUACUUACAUUGUA